UUGAGUUCAUUGCCCUUAACUGCCCACGGUCACAAGAUAGUCAGCAAUUGAGACGCCAGGGCAAGAAAGAUAGCAUUUCUUCCAACUGGACACAGGGAAUCAAAUCAACGACGACAUGAGGGUGUGGUGGGGGAUUUUGUUACUGGGUGCCGUUGGUGCGAAAGCUGACGUAACUCUAAAGGUGAUAAAUGAGAUCACAAGACCCACGUGGUCGUACUCCAGGACCGUCAGCGUUCCCGCGGGAGUCAGUGUCUAUGAGAUGAUGUUGCAGGCUCAAACAGACUUCCGUGAUUUUAGAUUCGAGGGUACUUAUUACAGUGACCUCAGCAGCCAUUUCAUCUGUUCCUUCAACAACCUGGCAUCCAACGUGACAGGGAAUACUUAUUGGGGGUUUGAAAACGGCGUCAACUAUCAAUUCGACAGGGGAGUGGACUUGAUUCUUGUCUACGACGGUGACACUAUCGUCUUCCGCUACACCAAGGACCAGGGCACAGCCACGCUUGGCUCAUUCACUGCAGACCAAUGUGCUAAAUUCGUGAAUUAGGACAGCCCAAGCAACAACAACAAGUUUUCGUGUUGAUUUUUGUCACACUUGAUUUUACUUGUCAAAUGUUGUAUGUCCUACCUCUCAAGAAUUGGGGCUACGAAUGAUGGAAAGAUAUGAAUAUCAGUUCUGAAGGUGAAAUAAAAUAUGGCAUGAUAUUA